ACGGGCACGCGGCAAAAGGUACACACCGGAAUCGCAUCCCCAGUUUUCCCGGAGCUCCUCGCCGCCGCUCUCCUCUUCCUCGUCCUCAACCUCCCCAUCCCCAAUCCCCAUGGCGGUUGGCCCUCGUCGAGCCGCGCACCACAACAACGCCUAAACCCUAGACCACUCGUCACCCACUCACGCGCAGACAGCCGCACUCUCACGCGCGCACGAGGCGGGUCUCGAUGGAGGCGGCGGGGAUGAGCGGCAGCAGCAAGGCGAGGCUGGCGGCGGUGGCGGCGGGCGUGAUCGUGCUGGGCGCGGCGGCCGUGGUGGCGCUCCACGCCGCGGGGGCGCCAGUGGGCCUGCCGCCGCUCGACGCGCUGCGGCGGCGGUUCGGGCGCCGCCGCCGCCGCAACCGCCCCGUGCGCGUGUACAUGGACGGCUGCUUCGACAUGAUGCACUACGGCCACUGCAACGCGCUCCGCCAGGCGCGCGCGCUCGGGGACCAGCUCGUCGUCGGCGUCGUCAGCGACGACGAGAUCACCGCCAACAAGGGUCCCCCCGUCACGCCGCUCCACGAGAGAAUGGUAAUGGUCGGUGCGGUGAAAUGGGUGGACGAUGUCAUUCCAGAUGCACCAUAUGCCAUAACCGAAGACUUCAUGAAGAAGCUAUUCACUGAGUAUAAUAUCGAUUAUAUUAUCCACGGUGAUGAUCCUUGUCUGCUCCCAGAUGGUACCGACGCAUAUGCCCUUGCCAAAAAGGCUGGCCGAUAUAAGCAGAUUAAAAGAACAGAGGGGGUGUCGACAACAGACAUUGUUGGAAGAAUGCUUCUUUGUGUUAGAGGAGAGAGAUCGGCUUCUGAUAGUCGCAACCACUCUUCACUACAAAGGCAGUUCAGUUCUGGGCAUGGUCAGAAGAUUGAUGACAGUGGGUCUGGAAGUGUAACUAGAAUAUCUCAUUUUCUUCCUACAUCCCGGCGAAUAGUUCAGUUCUCAAAUAGCAGGGGUCCAGGACCAGAUUCUCGGAUAGUGUACAUAGAUGGUGCAUUUGAUCUGUUUCAUGCUGGACAUGUUGAGAUAUUACGGCUUGCUCGAGGGCUUGGAGAUUUCCUGCUCGUGGGUAUUCACACGGAUCAGACCAUAAGUUCUACACGUGGACCACACCGUCCAAUCAUGAAUCUCCAUGAGCGCAGUUUGAGUGUCCUAGCCUGCCGUUAUGUUGAUGAAGUAAUCAUUGGUGCUCCGUGGGAAGUUUCAAAAGACAUGAUUACAACAUUCAAUAUUUCAAUAGUCGUCCAAGGAACUAUUGCUGAGAACAUGGAUUUUGCGAAGGAUGAAUCACAUCCAUAUGCUGUCGCAAUGGAAAUGGGCAUUCUGCAUAGACUGGAGAGCCCGUUGGACAUCACUACUAGUACUAUUAUAAGGAGGAUAGUUUCUAACCAUGAAGCCUACCAGAAGCGUAAUGAGAAGAAGGAAGCCAGCGAGAAGAAGUACUACGAGAGUAAAAACUUUGUCAACGGAGAGUAACUUGUGAACAUAUCUCUUGAGAGGAGGUUCUUAACACUUGGUCACAAGCGCAACUGUUAGGUACUCGGUGCUCCACAGGUUUACUGUUUCAUUGUUGUUAUCUUUCUCAUGUUGUCAUAUGUAGCUUAGGUAGCUCAGGUGCAGUCUUGAUGAGUGAGAGUGACAGGUAGUGGUGGUGAAUUAGGCGAUGCUUGGAGCCCAGAUGUGAUUCAUCUGUGCUCGCUGUCCCUAUCUCCCACCGUCCCACGUUUAGGGUCCCUUGUUUAUGGUUAUGGGCCUUUGCUGCUGCUGUUAAUGGCUUUAGUUCCCUUGAUGAUCACUUUAGGUUUUUCAGAAACUAUGGUACCGUCUUUUUAUUUUAUUUUUGAAUGGAACUUGUGGUACACAGUAUGAAUGUUGGGUUGAAUAACUACUUGCUGCGGACACUUUCUUUC